AUGGCUGCUUCACUAAAAGAGAUGACUUCUGACUUUGUGAAAUUAGAGAAAUUCGAUGGAGGGAAUUUUAUUCGUUGGCAGAAAAAAUUGAAAUUUCUUCUAACAACACUGAAGGUGGUGUAUGUCCUUAACAUUCCAAAACCGGAAGAAAAAGAAGAUGAAACAAUUGCUGAAACUAGAGAGAGACAAAAGUGGGACAAUGAUGAUUAUAUAUGCAUGGGACACAUCCUCAACGGUAUGUGCGAUUCGUUGUUCGACAUUUAUCAGAGCAGUAACUCCGCAAAAGAGUUAUGGGAAAAAUUGGAAUCAAGAUACAUGCAAGAGGACGCUACAAGUAAGAAGUUUCUUGUUUCUCAAUUUAAUAAUUAUAAAAUGAUAGAUGGUAGGUCUGUUAUGGAACAAAUGCAUGAAAUUGAACGUAUUCUCAAUAAUUACAAACAACAUAAUAUGCACAUGGAUGAAACUAUAAUUGUAUCCUCCAUAAUAGAUAAACUUCCUCCUUCUUGGAAAGAUUUUAAAAGAACCAUGAAGCAUAAGAAGGAGGAUAUUUCUCUUUGA